AGUGUGGGUCUGUACUGCGCGCGCUGCCAGCCGAGGCUCCUGCCGCCGAGACCCGCGCUCCGCCUGCCGCCGGGCUGCAGGAACCCCCAUAGCUAAUGUCAGAAGAAAGCGACUCUCUGCGAACCAGCCCCUCUGUGGCCUCCCUCUCUGAAAAUGAGCUGCCACUGCCUCCACCUGAGCCUCCCGGCUACGUGUGCUCGCUGACAGAAGACCUGGUCACCAAAGCCAGGGAGGAGCUUCAGGAGAAGCCCGAGUGGAGACUCCGGGAUGUACAGGCCCUUCGAGACAUGGUGCGGAAGGAGUACCCCUACCUGAGCACGUCACUCGAUGAUGCUUUCUUGUUGCGCUUCCUGCGGGCCAGAAAGUUUGAUUAUGACCGGGCCCUGCAACUGCUUGUCAACUACCAUGGCUGCAGGCGGAACUGGCCAGAGGUCUUCAGCAACCUGAGACCUUCAGCCCUGAAAGAUGUUCUUAACUCUGGGUUCCUCACAGUGCUGCCCCACACGGACCCCAGGGGCUGCCACGUCCUCUGCAUCCGACCAGACAGAUGGAUACCGAGCAACUACCCAAUCACUGAGAACAUCCGAGCCAUAUACUUGACAUUAGAGAAACUCAUUCAGUCUGAAGAGACCCAAGUGAACGGAAUUGUAAUUCUUGCAGACUACAAAGGUGUCAGCUUAUCAAAAGCAUCUCAUUUUGGCCCUUUUAUAGCCAAAAAGGUGAUUGGCAUCCUUCAGGAUGGCUUCCCCAUUCGGAUAAAAGCAGUCCACAUAGUGAACGAACCUCGGAUAUUUAAAGGCAUUUUUGCCAUCAUAAAACCAUUUCUGAAGGAGAAAAUUGCAAACAGGUUCUUUCUCCAUGGGUCUGACCUGAACUCUCUCCAUACAAGCCUUCCAAGGAAUAUCCUCCCCAGGGAGUAUGGGGGCACAGCUGGAGAGCUGGACAUCACCACCUGGAAUGCGGUGCUGCUGGCAUCAGAGGAUGAUUUUGUAAAAGAGUUCUGCCAGCCUGUGCCUGCCUGUGACAGUCUCCCAGGCCAGCCACUGCUGCCUGAAGGACUGAUCUCAGAUGCGCAGUGUGAUGAUUCCAUGCGAGCCGUGAAGUCCCAGCUCUACUCCUGCUAUUAGCUCUCUUCUGGGAGAGUCACCGUGUCUGAUUCUUCAUUCCUUAGAAAGGCACAAGGCUGAAGAAGCCGAGGCCUCAGUCUUGCCCCAUCAUUAUGCAGCGAUGGAGCUGCCUAUAAAGAUUAAAGGUGAGCCCGUCUCAGGCAGACCACUGGCUAUCUGCAUUAUUCCAGGGAAGACACGGAAACUGCCCUGGUGAUUCCCAAAUGUUUGCAACUGCUAGUCUGGAUAAGCUGUCUGUAUCUGUUUCUUACACAUCUUGGAAGCAACCAGGGUCAAAGUCACUCUGAAGUAACUAGGAGACAAGUGGAUUGAUCACAACUCUGAAGCAGUUUGCCAAUCCUGAAAGAUGGCCACACGUGAAACUGUUGACUCUCUUUCCCCAAUAACCCUAGGUGUUGACCUCUGUUGCUCAUCAGCAAGAUUCAAGAUUCAGGCCCUAGCUGUCAUCACUGGACCUAGAAAGCACUGUAAACUGAGCAGUACAAAUACCAGGACCCAGGUAGUAGUUAUAGAUCAAAUUUGGAAGCCAGGUGCUUCAGAGCAUCCCUGGGCUUCCAGGGUUGAAUCUUGCAAUAGAAACUUUCCCCAAACCCAUAAAGCCUUAGCUCUGGUUCUCCAUGGGAUCAUACUGGUCAACAUAAAAUACUGGAUUUCCAGACUAUGUGAGUAACACAUUUGGACUAGGAGUCAUGUGGCUGGACAAGGCAUGGACUUCAGCUUUGUCAUUUCUAAAGUAAGCUAUGUGGGAUGGUUCUUUGAGGUGCUGAAAUUGUUAGGUUUUCUGCUUGCAAAGAUGACCACCUAGAGGUGGUUGGGUCUUGGUUUUUUGUGGUAUGUACACAAGCCUUAUGUAAAGGAGUAUCACCAUUUGGCUGUGCCUUUGGUGGUAACCAACUGCCUUUGUAGAAUGAUGGGUGACCUUGAAAGGGAUGGCUUUUGCGAGGCUGACCAAAUCUUGUACAAACCCUUCCACCCUGGAGACACUAGCAGUAUAUCAGAAACAGUCACAGUAAUGGCCAGCUUUGGGCUUCUUCUAUUUUUGUCUCUGGAAACACACUGGGCCAGGUUGUUGCUGGUAUACCUGGGGCCCAGCAGACUGUCUAGUGUGGAGGAACCAGUUGGCCAGAAUGUUAGUUUUGCAUUUAGGCACUUUAGACACCUGUCAAAAUUUUAGCCUUAACCCAAGCUUUGAGGGAAUUAUCUCCUAGUUUUUGACCUGUUACCUUUGGUAUUCACCAGGUAUUAUGAUGUUAAAUAGUGUCAACUGCUGUUGGUUGUGUAUUUACUAGAGUAAGCAGGCACGUCUGUGGCUUUGAGACUCAAAGGUCGGUCAAUUGUUACUAAAUUUCCUAAAACAUCUACAGUUCUUAAUUGAAACUUUCCACAAUAAUGCCAAUUCUGGGAAACAUUCUUUUCACCUAGAUGCUAAUCCUUGAUCUUUUAGAUCCUGGCUGAGCUUAAGUGCCAAAACACACCCGUCUUGACUGCCCAGAGACCAUUUACUACUAAGUUUCUGCUAUUCUGUUUAGCUCCUGGCAGGUUUUCUGCCUACAGGGAUAACCACUCACACACCUGGAAAAACCCAUGAUGGCUCUGAACCCAGAAACCUGGGCAAGAGACUCUAUUAACAGCUUUCUUAGGUCCUAAAGAGGAAGAGAGCACAAGAAAAAAGAAUAGACAAAGGGAGUCGGGCGGUGGUGGUGCACACCUUUAAUCCCAGCACUCGGGAGGCAGAGACAGGCGGAUCUUUGUGAGUUCAAGGCCAACCUGGUCUACAGAGCUAGUUCCAGGACAGGCUCCAAAGCUACAGAGAAACCCUGUCUUGAAAAAAACCAAAAAGAAAAAGAAAAAAAGAAACAAACAAACAAGACAAAGGGAAAGAUGAAUUCCUUCCCUGGUUUAAAUCCUGUCACAUGACUAGCUAGUUCUUUGUUUAACAAAGGGCAGCCAGGCUCACUGGGAAAAAUCUCAGAGCAUAAAGCACCCAGUUUGCUAGGCCUUUCUUGAUUAGGGAGCCAUUCCAUCAAGCCUGAAAGCGUGGGUCUGCUGUCUCCACAGCUGCCUGCUGACUCUAAAGAUCAGUCUUGGCACCUCUGGUUUGAAGCCUCUGUGAGGCCAGGACCUCCUGGUGUAAAAUAAAGCAGCUGUGUGCUGAGCAAGGAGCGCAGCAAAGCUUCAGUUGCAAGGAACACUGGUAGAGGCAUCAAGUGAGUAAGACUUUAGGGGUAAAGUAUCUGACUUUAAAGUUCUAGACAUUUUACAGAUAGCUAAAAAUGAGCUUUUCCUAAAAUUCAAGGUUAUAUGGUGUUGGGAGGGAAAAGCGAUAGUGAAAUAGAAGUGGGUCCCAGCUUUAUAGUUCUACUUGGCACCCCUGAUCACUAGACAAAGAGGCUUGUACACGGAACUCUCAAUCCUGUUCCUAAUUGGUUCUCUGGCCAUAAGGGCACUCUUCACUGCUUUUUAAAAACAAAGGUCAUUUAAGAAUGUAGGUCAAGUGAAUAGGUGCUGUAAUAUACUAGUGUAGGGAUAUGGGAGUUUCCUUCUCUUGCCCAAGUCCACUACAGACUUCCAUUAAAUUCUGAUCCCUGAAACCUAUUGUUCCUUCAUGGAGGGAUACAGAUAAAAUCUACAGCAACAGCCAGAGUGCUGGCUUCACACCUUGGCUUUCUCUGGGCACAGGCCGGUUAAACCACUCUCAUCUCAUCCUAGGUUUGUAAGCACCUCAGGUUACAAGAUUUCUUCAGAAAUGCAGGCAUUCCCUCUGAGUAUCUGGGACAGCCUUACGAUCCAGCAGGCAGUUUGGUGGAUGUCAUUUCAUCCUCAUCAUUCAUGGACCUUGCUUUUUCAUCUGGGCAGCAACAGCUACAGUGCUGUUGUGGCACUAUAAUACCUCAUCUUGAAGUCAUGAACUUCAGGUUUUCCUGUGGAAUCUCCUUUAGGAAGGAAAACGUUCACUCGAUGUACAUGUAGCUGUCCUAUGGUCAUGUCAGGCUGGAACACCAAUGAUUGCUCAGGACAACCAGCUAUCUUGCUAAGGCGCUCAGUAUUGCCAUCUGUUCACUCUAAAUCUCAAGCAAAUUUCUUUCUGCUCUCCCAACUCAGAAAUGCUCGGCUUCAAAUGCAAGAAGCGCCACCAAAUACUUCUCCGUGGGAGCUAACUCCACAGGAAGGCUCAGUAUGACUUGCAGUUAGAGACGACUACAUGUUUAUAGGCUUUUGAUUACCUGGGGUCCUGUGUGUGUGUUUUCAAUCUCAAUGGAGGCUUUUUCCACCAGGCAGUUAAGUGGUGGCUGCUUUGGAGUCUCCUGGAUGUGCCUCGGCUUCUUGGCAUAGCACACAGGAACCCAAUAGGUAAAUACUUGAAACUUCCCAGCGGCCAAGACCUCCAAUACCCUUCUGACCGGUGGGAAUGGGGCUGUUUUCCUGAGCAGUCUAGGCUACUAUUUUAGCCCAUGGUCACGUUCCUUACUUCAAACUGAAAUUCAGUUUGACUUUGAGUUUAGGCACAUGUGGUGGAUUCAUCUACUUCAGUGUUUGUUUUGACCAAAAGUUUAUUUUUCUAGUGCAUUUUUCUAAGUGGUGAAAAUAUGUAAUUUUAGUAUGCAUGACUGGACCUCCAACAAUAAAAAUCUCUGUAAGGCUGA